AUGGUUAAGAUCACAGAGCUUCCGUGUGAGGUCAUCACAGAGAUCUUGGAGCAAGGUACUGCGCGCAGCAUUGUCGCUGCAGCUCACUCAUGCCGCUACAUUCGCAACUGCUUCUUCGAGCGCCCCAGUCUUGCAGGCCGAGUAAUUCUGCGGCAGAUUCCUGAGCGGCUGCUUCCAUAUGCAGUUGCAGCGCUCUAUGCUGAUACCUUGCCAAUCCCCCGAACAGAGGCAAUGGUGCACGACCUCAUCGACAAACUCUGUCCUGCUCUCAUACCCGCUUCAAUUUCCCUCGUCCGAUUCCUUGGCCUUGGAAAUCUCUCCAGGCUUGAGGACCGUCACAACAUCAUUCACGCCAUGGCACUUGACUAUGCCAACGAGGCCUGGGACUUUAUGCAGACCACAAACAUGCGUGUCCCAAGUCCUGGCACCCUUCAGCUGUCGGAAAACGAGUACCUCCGCUUCUGCCGGGCAUUCUACCGCGUGGAAAUCUUCCAUUCCGUCGAACGCCCCAAGCCUGUUGGGCCUUUUCAGCCUCAUGCCUGGAAUGAUGGCAAAUAUUACCUCGAUGCUAUCCCAGUGUAUGAUCGAGAACAGAUUGCCUGCGUUCUGGAGUAUCAAGAGAGGCUGCUCCUGAACAGCGUGCAGGAGGUGCUCGCACACGAUGUUGCGAUGGGGCACAUCGGCGUCAACUAUGUGAGGGCCCACGACGAUAGUGUUAUUCAAAACUGGUUGGCCCUUGGAUUGCGCUUUCUUGUCAAGAUUACUGGCGACCUGUCCUAUGAUGAGAAGAAGCGGCUUCUGCACUCCAACUAUGGCCCCGGCGAAUUGAUCGACCUUUGGAAAUCAACCGAUAUGGCCCGCAACUGGCUUGACGUGGAUGACAAGCUGGCGGAUGAUCCUUGGAUCCGGAACAAAAAGGGAAAGCUUGUUCAUGUUUUCAGACGCAGUGUGGACGCGAUGGACCUGGAUCGCGGCCCUCGGGAGGCCUUCUUGCGUUCAAUUCUGGGCCCGACGCCGAUCGACUUCAUAUCUUGCCAUGGGCUGCGGGAUCGCGCCUACGUGCUGUGGGACAUGGAUCGUCUCGUCCAGCUUGAGGCAGGUUGGACUCGGGCAGCACCCACUGGCUCACCGGAUACCUUCCAAAUCUUUGUGGACGAGCCGCAGCCGUCUCGCUUAUCACUGUCUCUUCGGCAGGCGCCAGCGGACAAGGCUUUGGAGGAGUCAUUCCAGGCUCGUAAGGAGAUUUGGGACAAGGGAGGCUCUGGCUAUUGGAGCGCCGACGACCUCAGCAAGGUUGUGUGGGGCGGAGAGAGAUGGGCUCCCUACAAACUUCCUGAGGACUGGUGA